UUUGCCUCACACCUCUAGGGUUGGGGGUUCGAUUCUGCGUGGAGUUUGCAUGUUCUCCCUGUGCUGGGGGGGGGGUUCCUCCAGGUACUCCGGUUUCUUCCCCCAGUCCAAAGACAUGCAUGGUAGGCUGAUUGGCAUGUCCAAAGUGUCCAUAGUGUAUGAAUGGGUGUGUGAAUGUGUAUGUGAGUGUGCCCUGCGAUGGAUUGGCACCCCGUCCAGGGUGUACCCUGCUUUGUGCCCCAUGCUUCAUGGGAUAGGCUCCAGGUUCCUGCAAUAUAGAAAUGGUAUAGAAAAUGUAUGUAUGUUUUUUUUGGACGCUUUAGAUCCUUUUUGUUGUAUUUGUUCCACUUUCAUGACAGUUUAGCUAUAACGUUUUAAUUGUUCUUUUUUUUUUAAUCAUUAAAAUAUUUCGGGGGGAGGGGCAUGGUGGCUUAGUGGUUAGCAUGUUUGUCUCGCACCUCCAGGGUCAGGGGUUCGAAUCCCAGAGUUUCCAUGUUCUCCCUGUGGUUCGGUGAUUCCCCAGGGUUCUCCGAUUUCCUCCCCCAGUCCAAACACAUGCGUUGUAUACUGAUUGGCAUUUCCAAAUUGUCCAUGGUGUGUGAACGUGUGCGAUUGUGCCCUGUGAUGCCUCGCACCCUGUCCAGGGUGUCCCCCGCCUCGUUCCCUGUGAGAUGCUCCAGGCUCGCCUGUGACCCUGUGUAGGAUAAGCAGUAUGAAAGAUGGAUGGAUAGAUGAUAAGAUUUCUUCAUUCUACUGUUGAUAACUGUAUGACUUUGCUUCUUUCCUUUCCUCUGAGUAUUUGUUCCAUGAUGAAAAUUUAAAAACAAAAACAAAAAAUGAUAAAUUGCUUCAGUUACUGGAGAAAUCUUUCUCAUGGAGGCCUAACAUUAGUGAGGGGCCAGAUAACUUUCUUCUUCACCUUUUUUUUCUGCGUCUCACGUCAUGACGUUAACCGAGAGAGAGAGAGAGAGAGAGAGAGAGAGCGCUGUAAACACAGGGGGCGUCUCACGUUCAACUGGGACAAUAAAGCGCUUUCUGUAUCAAUGCACAAACCAUGAGCUUACGCGAUAUGACUGUGAUAAAACUGCUUUGCCUAUUGUGUGCCCUGAAAUCCAGUCAAGGUUACUAUGGCAACCCUCUGAACAAAUACAUUCGUCACUAUGAGGGACUGUCCUACGACACAGACUUGGUGCACGACAGACAUCAGAGAGCCAAGCGAGCCAUCUCACAUGAGGACCGCUUCCUUCAGCUGGAGUUCCACGCUCAUGGAAGGCAUUUUAACUUAAGGAUGAGGAGAGACACAAGACUGUUCUCAGAGGACUUUAAGCUGGAUGUGUCAGGAGAAGAAAUGCCCUAUGACACCUCGCAUAUCUAUACAGGAGAACUCUACGGCGAGCAGGGCAGCGUAACUCACGGCUCUGUCGUCGAUGGGAAGUUUGAGGGCUUUAUUAAUACUCACCAUGGGACUUAUUAUGUGGAGCCUGUUGAGCGCUACCUGGGGGACAAAAAUGUGCCGUUCCACUCUGUCAUCUACCAUGAAGAUGACAUUGAUUAUCCUCAUAAAUACGGGCCUCAGGGUGGCUGUGCAGACCACUCAGUGUUUCAGAGGAUGAAGAAAUAUCAGGCCACUGCUGUGGAAGAGUCUGUCAAGGACGCAGAAGUGGGAUCGGAAAAGGAGUCAUCUGAUAACCAUGUGUUACAAAGGAAAAAGAGGAUGGCACAGGUGGAAAAAAAUACUUGCCAGCUCUUCAUCCAGACAGACCACCUCUUCUACAAAUACUACAAAACAAGAGAGGCCGUCAUUACUCAGAUUUCCAGCCAUGUUAAGGCGAUUGACGCAAUCUACCAAGGUACAGAUUUCCUGGGUAUCCGCAACAUUAGUUUCAUGGUGAAGAGAAUAAGGAUCAACACGACCAGUGACGAGCGGGACAGGUCCAACCCUUUCCGUUUCGCUAAUAUUGGUGUGGAGAAGUUUCUGGAGCUGAAUUCUGAGCAGAACCACGAUGAUUAUUGCCUAGCGUAUGUCUUCACUGACAGAGAUUUUGACGAUGGUGUGUUGGGACUGGCCUGGGUGGGAGCACCCUCAGGCAGCUCUGGUGGUAUCUGUGAAAAGACUAGGCUGUAUUCCGAUGGGAAGAGGAAGUCACUGAACACCGGGAUUAUAACAGUGCAGAACUAUGCAUCUCACGUGCCUCCAAAGGUCUCCCAUAUCACCUUCGCCCACGAAGUGGGACACAACUUCGGCUCUCCACAUGAUUCGGGCUCUGAAUGCACUCCAGGGGAGUCCAAGAGCCAGGAUAAGAAGGAGAAAGGCAACUACAUAAUGUAUGCUAGAGCCACAUCAGGAGACAAGCUAAACAACAACAAGUUCUCGGUGUGCAGUAUUCGCAACAUCAGCCAAGUUCUGGAGAAGAAAAGGGGCAACUGCUUUGUGGAGUCUGGCCAACCGAUCUGCGGUAACGGCCUGGUAGAGCCAGGAGAGGAGUGUGACUGUGGAUACAAUGACCAGUGCAAAGAUCAGUGCUGUUAUGACGCGAACCAGCCAGACAACAAGAAGUGCAAACUCAAACCUAACAAAGUCUGCAGUCCCAGCCAAGGUCCGUGCUGCACCUCCGAGUGCUCGUACAAGAGCCGGAACGAGAAGUGUCGUGAGGAGUCAGAGUGCGCCCAUCAGGGCAUGUGUAGUGGAGCGUCAGCCCAAUGCCCCACCUCUGAGCCCAAAGCCAACUUCACUGCCUGCCAUGGAGAAACUCAAGUCUGCCUUAAUGGGGGUUGCUCUGGCUCUAUCUGUGAGAAAUAUGGGCUGGAGGUGUGUACCUGUGCUAGUGGGGACGGAAAGGAUGAGACCGAGCUCUGCCAUGUUUGCUGCAUGGAGAAAAUGAACCCCAGCACAUGCAGCAGUACAGGCUCUGAGCGCCUGGCCCAAUUCUUCAACAGGAAGGUGACCACGCUGCAGGCUGGCUCUCCCUGCAAUGACUUCAAAGGCUACUGCGACGUGUUCAUGAAGUGCAGGCUGGUGGAUGCCGACGGGCCGCUGGCCAGACUGAAGAAAGCCAUCUUCAACCCUGAGCUCUAUGAGAACAUUGCUGAAUGGAUAGUGAUUUACUGGUGGGCGGUGCUGCUGAUGGGUAUUGCCUUGAUUAUGCUCAUGGCUGGAUUCAUCAAGAUUUGCAGUGUGCACACACCCAGUAGUAACCCCAAACUACCACCACCUAAACCUCUACCAGGUACUCUAAAGAGGAGACGAGCCCAACAUGCUAGCCAGCAACAGCAACAGCAGCAGCAGCAGCAUCAUCACCAUCAUCACCACAACCAGAACCAGUACCCUCAUGCACAUGGCCAUCAGAACCAGCGUCCCUCUCAGCGCCAGCCUCAGCCCCCACGCCACCUCCGCCAGCCGCGCGAGAAUUACCAGAUAGGCCAGAUGAGACGCUGAGAGCCCCGAUGUUCCCCAUAGCACCACUACCACACCCUGCCAGUGCCUGCCUACAUUGGGAUAACGGUCACUACAAUCACUACACCACACUGCUUCACAGCCAGAUGCAGAGGAUUGUAAUCUCAGCUCGUCGGGAAAACACUAAAUCACUUCCAGCUGUCAAGAAUUCUAAUAUUCUUACCCAUGUGCUGUUCUCCAACUCCAGUUCGGUUUAAUCAGGACUUGUUACGUAUUGCCGUAGAACAAGGCGUUACUCCAAAGAGUCCAACUGGACCAGCACAUGAAAUCCUCACUAUCAGUUUUUCACUGCAUCAAACCAGGACCGAUUUUAACAGCUUCACACUAAAAUGUGCAGUAGGUGACAAACACAAGCAGGUUUUUGUUUGUUUGUUUGUUUUUUUUAAAGCAGCCUUUUUUCAAAAGUCAUACACUAAAACAGGAAUCGUUUACAAUAACACGUCCAGCUCUCUCUCUCUCUCUCCAUAGAGGAUAUCUGGGCUAGUCCAUUAUGCUUCCGUUCAUUCCAGUCUUUAUACUGAGCCACUCGAACAUAGCAAAGAACAUCUCUGCUCCGUUUAGCAGAAGUGAGCUCAAACCACGUGGACAUUUCGGGUCUCUCUUUGUCAAAUCUCAGCCCAGGAAGACAAUGAGAAACAUCUCCAACCUUUACUUCAUUCCCUUGGGAAAAAAAAAAAAAAACAAACACCAUAAACAGCAGACAAGAAUCAAGACUUUUCCA